CUUAAAGAAUAAAAAAUGUCAUCACCGUCACCGGGGGCUACUCUGGCUCCAUCAUCGCCACCACCAUCAACCAACUCUACUCCCCCACCCUCACCGGUAGCCUUAGCUCCGCCGCCAACUAGCACUCCUUCCACACCCCCACCAACAGCAGCAACACCGCCUCCAACCACCACUCCCUCCACAACACCACCAGCCGCUGCAGCUCCGCCGCCAACUACUACUCCCUCCCCACCACCUGCUACUCCAUCUCCCCCUCCAGCUACCCCAUCAGCUCCUCCGCCUUCAAGCACCACUCCGUCCCGUCCUCCUCCCUCUACUUCAUCACCUCCGCCUACAUCAUCCACCUCCCCUCCUCCACCAGAAGCGGAAUCUCCGCCCCCAUCAUCAUCCAAUCCUUCCCUUCCACCUCCAUCUACAACAACUCCAUCGCCACCUGCCCCAAGAAGUCCAAGGACUCCAUCGCCACCACCUCCUAGGAAUUCAGGAACUCCAUCUCCUCCGACGACGCCGGCUUCUUCCGAUUCGAGCAGUGGGAUCUCCACCGGGCUUGUAGUGGGGAUAUCAAUCGGGGGAGUUGCGGUAUUAUUGGUUUUGAGUUUGCUGUUUAUAUGUUGCCAAAAGAAGAGAAGGAGAAGAAGAGACGACGAAAGUUACUACGUGCCUCCUCCACCUCCUGGCCCUCCUAAAGAUAAUCAUGGUGGCCAGCAGUACCGGUGGCAACAAAAUCCUUCCCUGCAUUUCGAUCAUUAUGGUGCAGUUCCUCCUAAUCCAACUCCUCCACCGGUCACGGCAUGGGGACCUCCAUCUUCAGAAAGCUCUUCUACGCUACCAAUGCCACCUCCACCACCACCACCUUUCAUGAGCAGUAGUGGAGGUUCUGGCUCUGAUAACCCUGCCCAACCACCAUCUCCUCGUCUUGCACUUGGUUUCUCGAAGAGCAAAUUUACUUAUGAGGAAUUAGCAAGGGCGACAAAUGGCUUCUCUGAUGCAAACCUUCUCGGGCAAGGUGGUUUUGGGUAUGUUCACAAAGGUAUUCUUCCAGACGGGAAGGAAGUGGCGGUCAAGCAACUGAAGGCUGGAAGUGGACAGGGGGAGAGAGAAUUUAAGGCAGAAGUCGAGAUUAUCAGCCGUGUUCAUCACAAACAUCUUGUUUCAUUGGUUGGAUACUGUAUCUCCGGGGCUACCCGAAUGCUUGUUUACGAGUUUGUUCCAAACAACACUUUGGAGUUUCACUUGCAUGGAAAAGGGCGACCUACAUUGGACUGGCCAAUCAGGAUGAGAAUUGCUUUAGGAUCCGCAAAAGGACUGGCUUAUCUUCAUGAGGAUUGUAAUCCAAAGAUCAUUCAUCGUGAUAUUAAGGCGGCUAAUAUUCUUUUAGAUUUCAAGUUUGAGGCAAAGGUUGCCGAUUUUGGACUAGCGAAAUUCUUUUCCGAUGUCAACACUCAUGUCUCCACCAGAGUAAUGGGUACUUUUGGGUAUUUGGCUCCUGAGUAUGCUUCGAGUGGAAAACUCACGGAAAAAUCAGACGUUUUCUCUUAUGGAGUCAUGCUUCUGGAAUUGAUUAGUGGGCACAAACCGGUUGGCUCUUCUUACUCGGAAGACAGUUUGGUCGAAUGGGCUAGGCCUUUGCUCUCAAGAGCAUUGGAGGAUGGGAACUUUGACAGUCUGGUCGAUCCGAAGUUACAAAAGGAAUAUAACAAAAACGAGAUGGCUCGUAUGGUCGCUUGCGCUGCUGCCUGUGUGCGACAUUCAGCACGACGUCGACCACGAAUGAGCCAGGUAGUGCGUGCUUUAGAAGGAGAAUCAUCAUUGUCGGAUCUCAACGAAGGAAUGAGACCAGGACAGAGCAACGUGUACAGCUCGUACGGAAGCUCGGACUUUGAUGCAAGCCAGUACAACGAAGACAUGAAAAAUUUCAGGAGGGCAUUAGGGUCGCAGGAAUAUGGCGCUAGUAACGAGUACAGUGAGCCUACUAGCGAGUACGGUUUAUACCCUUCGGGCUCAAGCAAUGAAGGGCAAACCACCCGUUAAAUGGAGAUGGGAAGGAUGAAGAAGAACAAGCAAAAUGAUAGUGGAAACCCAACAUCUUGACCUUGGUAUACGUAAUCUUCCUUGUAAAGGUCACAUUCCUGUCCAAAUUCCAGAGUUUAUUUUACACGUAUUAGUUAUUUACACGCAAGUAAAUAAUGGAUAGUCACUUUUGGAUUAUUUGAUUUGUUGUUGAAAAUAUCAUUGUGAUUUGUAUUUAUUAGCUGACCAUUGAUUGAUAUUGAUGAAAGAAAGCUUUAAUUUCAAUAUUUUAA